GCCGAGAAUGAGAAACUGAAAGGCCAUGUUGCGGCUGUUAUGUUGACUAUUGAUGAAGCUAUCACCACCCUGAACGAUGCUGAUCAAGUUAUUGAUACCCUAACCCAUAUUGGGGCCACCCAUGUCAGAUUUUCUGGUUUUAAACCUGAAUGGUUUUUGUUAAUAAAAGAACCAUUUCUGGUAGCAGUAAAAGACACACUCGGAGAAAGAUACACAGCGUCAAUGGAAUCGAACUACAGGAAAGCAAUACGAUUUAUUUUGGAAACCUUGAUCAAGGGCUAUGAGAACGGGAGUGCGGUAGCAAAUGGUCAAGGAUAG